UUUAUCCUAUCCUCCGAAAGCCAUGGGGACGAAAGGUAAAGGAAAACGUUGGAAGAAGGAGGAGAAAACGAAAGUGAAAUUUAAAGUUGGGAAAUCGCUGCCAAAAAAUACGAACGUGACGGAUUUGAAGUUUAGAACGCGUAGGAUUGUGGUUCCAGAUCAAAGCAAGGUUGUUGAAGCGGGAGCCGUUGUUACGAGGAAAAGGAAAACUUUGAAAGAUUUGCUCGAGAUGUUGGCCCAUUUCAACUCUAAAGCCAGGAUGGACGGCCUGGAGGGACUUUCCGAAUUAUGCUCCCACAACUUCGCUGAAAUCACCGGCAACAGCGUGUCCGUGUUGACAAAGCUGGGACCAGUGUGUUGCGACAAGGAGGACAAAGUUAGGCGCCUCGCAGCGAAAACUCUUCAUGGCAUAUUGUCGCAAUCCGAACUCGCCGUGCUUUUGCCCUCCUCGCGUGUGCUAGUUGCCAAUGUGAGCGCGGCAAUGACGCAUGUGGUACCCGAAAUUAGGAAAGACUCGCUCAGGUUCUUUGACUCUGUGCUGGACUCGAAACCGGAGCUUCUGUUCGUCGAUGCUGGCCGAGUCCUGAAGGACUUUCUUUGCCAGAUUUCCGCUCCCUUGAACAGUAGUAGAGGUGUGCAAACGGAGUGUGAAUGGAUUCACAAGGUGCUCCAAAGACUCAAUACGUUUUGCCUCGGAUUAGAAGCUGGAGGAGGGUCUGGUGUAAACGAAUCUGUCGGUCAAACCAUAUUGUAUGACCGGCGGAGGCCAAUUUUCGUGGAUUUGCCGCUUUUGGGGAACGAACCCUUGCAAAUGAGGAAACAGACGAGGCUUGAAGAAGUCUUCUCCGAAGAUUUCAUUUCCUCUUUAAUGCCCUUGAUGCUUGCUGUUGCAUCUGACGCGUUGGCUGUGUACGAAGACUCCUUGCCCUUGGCGAAAGCAGAAGUUGCUGCUUGCGUUGCGGAACUUCUUGGACUAGUCAUGAAACAUGGUUCGGGCAUCGCCGAGGAAAACCGGAAGCGUAUUGAACAAACCUUCAAGCACUUCCCGUAUGAAGUUAAUGCCUUGGUGUCCCAAAAGUCGCUUCGAAAGCUUGAUGGUAAAAAAGGUACCAAGAGAGAACGUAAAGAUAACGAGGACACGGCGGAAUCUGGCCUGCACAAAGCCGGAAGCGUAGCCGUAGCUCUGAACCUGUGCCUCGUUCCCAUCUUGGCGCGGAGUUUGGAUAAGGAUGUCCAAAGAAAGGCUGCCAACUAUUUCGUGGAUCUUCUGCAAGAUGGUGCCUGGAUUGGAUUGUGUUCUCCGAAAAAAGUGGCUGCUGCCAUUGAAUCUAUCAGCGCAACGCAGUCCUCGGAUAGUCUUCUUCUGUCUGAUGUUAUUUCGGCUGGUGUAAAAGCAGUUUCGCAGAUGCAUCCACUGAAGAAGGAGCGUUUUGAGAUAUCCAAUGUUCUGAAGACAUUUUUCGAGAAGGAAUUCGUGACAAAUCGGCAGCGGGGCGUUGAUGUCACUGAAUCGAUCCUUUUUGAGUGGGCGCUGGAGACCGUUGGAUUGCUGAGACAUGAUUGUAUUCGACCGGAAUUGUUUCCUUUGUUGGUCGAUCUUUGCAAACUUGGACAUCCGAGAUUGCAUUUGGAAAUGCAGGAUGUCUUGAAGGAGUUCUGCACGGACUUGAAAAGUAAGACGUUCCAUCGUUCGGAAUGGAGUGACGCGAAAGUUGCCAAGAGUUUCCUAGAUUUUUUGAUGUGGAAUUCUGUGCAGUUGGACGAAACGACUGCCAAUGUGAUGGUCAGUUUAGGAAUUUGCGGCGAGGAACAGUUGCAUAAACUUUUCCUGUCGAGUUUGAAAUGAAGCAAUGUUGUUCAUUUGA